AUGAGUUUUAUUGCUCUAUUCAAAAAUUGUUUAGAAUAUUUUAAAGUCAAGUUUUAAAAGAAUUAUAUUCCAGCCCAAACUCCUAAAAUAUUUGAUUAAAAAAAGGUAUUAGUUUUAGAUUUGGAUGAAACUCUUGUUCAUUGUGAAUUCAAAGAAAAUGAAAACUUUUAAAAUGAAGUUUUGCUUGAAGUUAUUCAUUAAGGACAAUAAUAUAAAGUAUAUUUAAAAACUCGUCCUUAUUUAAAUCAAUUUUUAUUCGAAGCAAGCAAAGAUUAUGAAAUAUUUAUUUUUACAGCAGGUUAUGAAGCUUAUUGUUAAGAAGUCUUAAAUUUUAUAGAUAAAAAAAAACUAAUAAGUGAUUAUUAUGCAAGAGGAAGCUGUUAAUUCAUUGAUGGAAUUUGUUAUAAAGAUUUAUUAUUACUAGAUAGGCCUUUAGAAGAUAUAAUAUUCAUUGAUGUAAAUAAAAAACAAUAAUUAGAAUAAUCCAAAUGCUUUUAUAAAGUAUAAGAAUAAUGGGUUAUUGAUUCCAUCAUUUUUAGAUUCUGAUGAUGAUGACUGUCUUUUAAGAUUAAUUCCAUUUUUAAAAUAUAUGGCUAAGAAAAAAGAUGUAAGGCCUGUUGAAUAGCAUUUAAAAAACUAUGAAGAUAGUAAUGGUACUGUUGUUUUCAGUGAAACUUAAAAGUCAAUACAAUUAAAUUAAGAAGAACCAGAUGAGGAUACUUUAAGUGAAGGAAAGGUUGUUAAAAAAGAAUAAGAUAUUACAGAUUUAGAUAUCAAACAUAAAAAAACCCAAACUCAAUUAGAAACUAUUGGAAAAAUAAAAAGCAAAUUAAGAAGUGUAACUUUAUUUUAAAGUGCACAAAUUAAAUGA